AUGGUGAUGAAGAGCAAGAAGAUUAAGAGUAAGAGGGUUUCGUUGAAGAAGAAGUACAAGGUGAUACGGAAGGUGAAAGAGCACAAUAGAAAAAAAGGGAAGGAAGCGAAGAAGCUUAGGCUGAGUGGGAAAAAUAAGGUUGAGAAGGAUCCUGGUAUUCCCAACAAUUGGCCUUUUAAGGAACAUGAACUCAAAGCCCUUGAAGCUCGAAGGACGAAGGCCAUUGAGGAAUUGGAGCAAAAGAAAGUCGAACGCAAGGAGAGGGCUCGUAAAAGGAAAUUGGGCUUGCUAGAGGAGGAAUAUGACUCUAAGUUGAACAGGAACUCAAAGCCCUUGAAGCUCGAAGGACGAAGGCCAUUGAGGAAUUGGAGCAAAAGAAAGCCGAACGCAAGGAGAGAGAGUAAGAGUAAGAGGGUUUCGUUGAAGAAUAAGUACAAGGUGAUACGGAAGGUGAAAGAGCACAACAGAAAAAAAGCGAAGGAAGCGAAGAAGCUUAGGCUGAGUGGGAAAAAUAAGGUUGAGAAGGAUCCUGGUAUUCCCAACAAUUGGCCUUUUAAGGAACAGGAACUCAAAGCCCUUGAGGCUCGAAGAACGAAGGCCAUUGAGGAAUUGGAGCAAAAGAAAGUCGAACGCAAGGAGAGGUUAGGAACUUACUAUUCAUUACUUUUCAGGCUCGUAAAAGAAAUUGGGCUUGCUAGAGGAGGAAGAUGA